CGCUUAAAUUAAAUUUAUAAAUUGGAUGUGACAGAAGCGACGCUAGCGGCAAACAGACGUAUUAUAUUGUUUUUUAGCAAGACAAAUGCAGUAACAUCAGUAAUGAUUUUAAGAAAUUUCUCAAUGACAUUCUCAACUAAUUUAAUUUAAUUAAAUCACAAAUAAAAUAUCACGUAUAAAUUCUUGAACAUUGUUUUUUAUCAUUAAUAUUAUCAUCGAAUUUCAAAGUGAUCUGUACCGAUCAAACAGGAAUACUCCUGUAAUAACAAGGAACUGACUUGUCACUCUAUCUCUAUUUUCAUCUAUUUCUAAACUUGCAAGUUGUGUUCUUUCUGUCAGACUUAUAUUUUUUUUGUAUAUUUCCAGUAAUUUUUGCGAAUUCCUGUUGUUAUAAAAACAAUUGUUAUAAAUUAUUCAAAUAAAUACACAGUAAUAGCAAUAAUUCAAUAUAAAAGAAUGUAUUUAACUUUAUUUUACGCCUUAAUCGUGAGUAUUUUAAAAUCCGCCGGUGCAGAAUGGAAUACAAAGGAUUAUAUGAAACGAGAACAUUCUUUAAUACGGCCUUAUCAAGGUUCUGGCAUGACGAUUCCUUAUUGGGAUUUUAUGGGUAGUACAAUGGUUACAAAUAACUAUGUAAGAUUGACACCAGAUUUACAAAGUAAACAAGGAGCGAUAUGGAACUCCAUUGCAUGUUUUGUUAGAAAUUGGGAGCUUCAAAUACAUUUCAAGGUACAUGGGAAAGAAAAGGAUUUAUUUGGAGAUGGCUUUGCUAUUUGGUAUGCUAAACAACGUAUGAAACAUGGUCCUGUUUUUGGAAAUAUGGAUUAUUUUCAAGGCUUAGCAAUAAUACUGGAUACGUACAGCAAUCACAAUGGUCCUCACAAUCAUCAACAUCCUUAUGUUUCAGCUAUGGUAAAUAAUGGUUCUUUGCAUUAUGAUCAUGAUCGUGAUGGAACACAUACACAACUUGCAGGAUGCGAAGCAAAAUUCAGAAAUCUUGAUCAUGAUUCACAUAUAGCAAUAAGAUAUGAAAAAGAUACUUUAACUGUUUCCAUAGAUAUAGCAAACAAAGCAGCUUGGAAAGAAUGUUUUUCUGUAAAGGGUAUUAAAUUACCUACAGGUUAUUAUUUUGGUAUCUCUGCAACAACAGGAGAUCUAAGUGAUAACCAUGACAUUUUAUCGAUUCGUCUAUUUGAAUUAGAUUUACCGGAUGAUCCAAAAGAUUAUGAGGACAGAUCUACUAUUUUACCAUCUGCAGCUUUCUUUGAAUCCCCACGUGAACGUGUGGACGAUCCAAAACAAACUCCUUUAGGUGGUAUAAAAAUGUUCCUUUUAAUGCUUGUGGGAGUAAUAGCAAUAAUAGUUUGUAUCGUGAUAGGGAUCAUGUUAUAUCAGAAACAUCAGGAAAAUAGUCGAAAGCGCUUUUAUUGAUUUAUUCCAUGGAUGGCAAUUUACCAAACAAUUCAUUUUGGAUUCUUUUACUCAGGAUUUUUCCUGUACCAGGAAUGUUUGUAGUGUAAUAUUUAAAGUGUUCAUGAGACUGGUCGUGCUAAAAAUUGAUUUAAACACGAUUAAUAUAGUAUAAUUUCUUCUCAGAAAAAAGACUUCUAGACAAAGAAUCACAUAUAUGUCAGAACAUGACAUAAAAAAGUGAAAUAAUUCAUAUAUGUAUAUGAUAUAUAAUACUGUAAUUGUGAAUGUAUCAAGCUAUAUAGUAAUUGUGCUGGACCGGACCUAAGUACUUUUAUUAUAUGUAAAGUAUUAAGAAGUUAAUCAGUGUAUAUAUAAGUUGAAUUUAAUAAGUAAAUAUUAGAUAUAAAAUAUAAAUCGAGAAAAAAAAUAUAUACAUAUGUGUGUAUGUAUAUAUAUAUAUAUGUGUGUGUAUAUAUAUAUAUACACACAUAUAUACAUAUAUAUGUAUGUAUGUAUGUAUAUAUAUUACUCAACUGCCUGAGUAAAUAUACAUGCUCAAAUAAUAAAAAAGUAGGAUGCAAGAGAAUGUAAAUUUUUGCUUAAUAAUGUAAGCAAUUGAUUGCUUUAAUUUUUAAGAGAUUCAUUUCUUUUGAUUUAAUUAGAACAAUAAAAAAUCUUAUAAUUCUGAAUUACACAUUUGAAGAAAAUUGCACUGAUUGACUUUGAUAAUCUUUAUAUAUUACGAAAUUGUUUCAAUAUCAUUAUAAUGUUUUUAAGCGCCUGUAAGAAUUUCAUCAGAUUAAGAGUACAUUCAUUUUUGUUAUCACAGUAUACCUUAAGAAAAUGUUACAGAUAUUAUUAGAAUACAAACUUCUUUGAAACAUAUGAAAUAUUCAUAUCCUGAAUUAUACUGCAUGGUAUUUUUGUAAUUUAUAUUCUUGCAAAAUAACAAGUGAAUUGCAUUAAGAUUGUAAUACAGAAUGAAUAGUUCAGUAUGUUAUAAAUGGAUAAAUAAUGGUGUAAUCUUUUUCAUUCAAUUUUCAGUUUACAUAAAUGAUUUUUGUUAUUUUAUAUUAUCUUUCCUUUUUUUUUUAUUCGGAUUAAGCGUAAGCAAAAUAGUUGAUUAAUGUAGAUUUUAUAUUUGUACAUAAGUGAAACGAACACUAAUAAUCUAUGCGAAAUAAUUAUAGAGUAUCUUUCUCUUAUAAAAUUUUUUUUAUAUAAAAUUGAUAAAAAAGAAAAAGAAACAAAGAACCAAACCAAUUAAUUACCUUGUUAAGGAAAAAAAUGUUUAAAGAAUAAUGUAUCAUAAUCUGUUGCCAAAUGUAAAAUAAAUUUAUUAACAACUGCAGGAAA